CUGAACUCACUGCCAAGGUGACGCGCAACAAAGCUGACAAAUAGCUCCGACCUCUGCGGCUCACCUCCUGCUAACAGAGUUCACAGUGCCAUUCAGGAGUUUUUACUUUAUAUAGCGGCGUGUUUGGUUCUUUUCUUUUUAUUUUUGCAAAGGCUUGUUCUUAAUUUCGGAAUCUCUAUCUGAAAUCCAUCAAUUCUGCGCCGAAGAAACGCGUGAAACGCCGCAGACGAGGCGCAGAGAACUGCACCUACUACCUGUUCCUGAAAGGUUUUUCCGCUCAACCACUUGAGGAUAAUUUCGAUCGGCACCAUUGAUCGGGGCUUUACCGGCACCACAGAGGGAAUAUGAGAUCUGGCCCGGGCCACUGACGGGAGCGACCAUCGAACGUGUCUCGUGAGGGCGACCGCACAGCCAGAUUAUGCAGCGUCAUUUGGACAUGGGGGCACAUUACUAUCCUCCCGACGUCCAUCCAGAUCACAGGACUCACCGCUACAGGAGUUUCAUGAUAGAGGAGAUCCUGACCGAUCACCCGGAGCACAAAGCCUCGGCUCCGACGGGGGAGCUCCUCAAAUUCGGAGUCCAAGCGCUGCUGUCCGGUCGGCCUUUUCACAACCAACUGGUGCUCAAAGCCGAGCAGGCCGCGCUCCUCAAGUUCCCCAUGUCCCCGCUGUCCUGCUCGCUGGGCCCCCCGCUGGGCCCCCCGCUGCUGUCCGCGGCGCAGGGCCUGCAGGUCGGCGCGGCGUCCCACCACCUCCCGCUGGACCUGCACCUCCGCGGGAAGCUGGAGCACGGAGCCGACGCAAGCAGCAAAGCCAAGAAGGGCCGUCGGAGCCGCACCGUGUUCACCGAGCUGCAGCUCAUGGGUCUGGAGAAGCGCUUCGAGAAGCAGAAGUAUCUGUCCACGCCGGACAGAAUAGACCUGGCGGAGUCUUUGGGCCUCAGCCAGUUACAAGUGAAAACAUGGUACCAGAACCGGAGGAUGAAGUGGAAGAAAAUUGUGUUGCAGGGAGGAGGCCUAGAGUCGCCCACGAAGCCCAAAGGCCGACCAAAGAAGAACUCCAUCCCCAGCAGCGAGCAGCUGUGUGAGCAGGAGCGGUCUGCUGCUGAUGCUGACCAUCAGUCUGAAGGUGGGAGCGCUCACUUGGAGAACACUCAGGAGGAAUGAACGUGUCCGGACUCUAUGUGCACGGCCAGAUUCAGGUUCAGCGUGCACCUCUUUGGACUCUGACAUGGCACAGAGGACAUAUUUACUGAUGCUCCCAGUGCAAAGCACAGACUGGCAAGUGCAGCCCCUGCACCGCUCAGAUGAGGCGGCGGGUUUGUUGUGGCCCCUCGUGAUCAACCUGCAGCUGGAGAAGGAAUUCAAACCUUUGCAGUAGGUCUAACCUUUAUAUUCUAAGGAUCCACUCUCACUCAUCUGUUCGCAUCCCUUUUGUGUAACUGUUUAAUUAUUAAAUAUAUUUUCACUAAUACUCCUCUCUCUUUAUUAU